AUGCAUCAGCCAGUGCCAUGCACCAGCCAGUGUCAUGCACCAGCCAGUGUUAGGCACCAGUGCCGCACCAGCCAGUGUCAUGCACCAGCCAGUGUCAUGCACCAGCCAGUGUUAAGCACCAGCCAGUCUGCACCAGCCAGUGUCAUGCACCAGCCAGUGUUAGGCACCAGCCAGUGCCAUGCACCAGCCAAUGCUAUGCACCAGCCAAUGCUAUGCCAGCCAGUGUCGCCCCACCAGUGUCAUGCCAGCCAUUGUCAUGCAUCAGCCAGUGUCAUGCAUCAGCCAAUGCAUGCACCAGCCAGUGUCAUGCACCAGCCAGUGUCAUACCAGCCAGUGUCAUGCACCAGCCAUUGUCAUGCAUCAGCCAGUGUCAUGCAUCAGCCAAUGCCAUGCACCAGCCAGUGUCAUGCACCAGCCAGUGUCAUGCACCAGCCAGUGUCAUGCACCAGCCAGCGUCAUGCAUCAGCCAGUGUCAUGCAUCAGCCAAUGUCAUGCACCAGCCAGUGUCGCACCAGCGUGUCUGCAGGCAUUGUCAUGCAUCAGCCAGUGUCAUGCAUCAGCCAAUGCCAUGCACCAGCCAGUGUCAUGCCAGCCAGUGUCAUGCACCAGCCAGUGUCAUGCCAGCCAUUGUCAUGCAUCAGCCAGUGUCAUGCAUCAGCCAAUGCCAUGCACCAGCCAGUGUCAUGCACCAGCCAGUGUCAUGCACCAGCCAGUGUCAUGCACCCAGCCAGCGUCAUGCAUCAGCCAGUGUCAUGCAUCAGCCAAUGUCAUGCACCAGCCAGUGUCAUGCACCAGCCAAUACCCAUGCCAGCCAGUGUCAUGCACCAGCCAGUGUCAUGUACUAGCCAGUAUCAUGUACCAGCCAGUGCCAUGCACCAGCCAGUGUCAUGCACCAGCCAGUGUCAUGUACCAGCCAGUAUCAUGUACCAGCCAGUGCCAUGCACCAGCCAGUGUCAUGCACCAGCCAGUGUCAUGUUAUAG